CGCCUACUUGAUGCAAGUGUUUUAAAGGGGCUGUGCAGCAGAUGUACACACAGACUGCAAUCACUCCGGCUUGGAGGCUGAACGAGCAUCACAAGAACAAUGCGUACCCUCCUUCUACUUCUCGUGCUGGGUGUCUGUGCCACAUGGGUGUCGUGCAAACCGACCCAGGAGAAGAAAGACCGUGUCCACCACAGCAAGGACCUGAGCGACCACGCACAUGACGACAGCCAGGACUUCCAGUACGACCACGAAGCCUUUCUAGGCAAAGAGGAGGCAAAGACGUUUGACCAGCUCACUCCUGAGGAAAGCCAAGAGCGCCUGGGGAAGAUAGUUGAUAAGAUUGACAGUAAUAAUGACUCCUAUGUCACAGCACCUGAACUCUUGGCCUGGAUCAAGUUAGUGCACAGACGCUUUGUUUCAGAGGAUGUGGACAAGCAGGUGCUGCUGCACGAUAAGGACCACGACGGAUCGGUGUCUUGGGAGGAGUACUCCAAACAGACCUACUCCCAUCUGAUAGGAGAAGAUGAGUUUUACGAUGUUCCUGAUAAAGAAAGAUACCGCCAGAUGAUGAGACGCGAUGAGAGAAGAUUUAAGCAAGCAGACAAAGAUGGUGACCUGAUUGCCACCAGGGAAGAGUUCACAGCAUUCCUGCACCCAGAAGAGUUCGACUAUAUGCAGGACAUCGUAGUCACGGAAACCAUAGAGGACAUAGAUAAAAACGGAGAUGGUUCAGUGGAUGUUAAUGAAUACAUUGCUGACAUGUACACACCUGAACCUGAUGAACCGGAACCUGAAUGGGUUAAAUCUGAGCGCCAGCAGUUUGCAGAUCAUCGUGACUUGAAUAAGGAUGGCAAGAUGGACCGGUCCGAAAUCAGCCAUUGGAUCAAACCACAUGAGUAUGACCACGCAGACUUAGAGGCCAAACAUCUAAUCUAUGAGUCUGACAACGACAAGGACGAUAAACUGACAAAGAAAGAAAUCUUGGACAACUGGAACAUGUUUGUGGGUAGUCAGGCAACCAACUACGGUGAAGACUUGACCAGGCGGCAUGAUGAAUUUUAACGGUCAUUACCUUUCUGCUCCUGAACGAGCGUUUAACACCUCAGCACAUUGCUGUUACUUACAGAUUGGAUUCUGAAGCUGUGUAUAGUUACUGAAGAUUUCUCUAAUGCUCAGGACAGAGGACUGGUGAUCGCAUGGUAAUGAUGCCAUCUGUGCCUUCAGCCUCCUUCCUGCAGUAAGGCCAGACACUCACCAGUGAGUUCAAGAUGAUAAACUUGCAGCAUGUGAGGGGUCCCGUUCUGACCUCCCCUCCUCUGACAGGAUUACACAGCUUUAGGGCCCUUGCACACGACCGUAUGCCCUCCGAGAUAUAUGGUCCGUGAGCGGGCCAAAUGUCCCAGAGCAGAGCGGCAUUGAUCGUGCACACAGCGUCGUAGAUUACAAUGAUUCUGUGCACUCAUGAGUGCAGGACAAUAGCCCGGUGGGUGGGCCGACGUCCACAGCAUCAUUGUAAUCUAGGAUGCCGUGCGCAUGAUCCAUGCCGCUCCAGGACAUAUGGACCGUAUGUCUCAGAGGGCAUACAGUCGUGUGCAAGGGCCCUUAUACUGAUUUAUAAUGCUGUGUGACCCUGAGGGUCCUGGAAUCUACUGAAUUACACUGACAUAAUGCUGUCAGUGUAAUAUCAAAGAUGCUAGGACUCUCAGGGUCACAGUUUUAUAAAUCAGUAGAACGCUGUGCGAUCCUGUCAGCGGAGGUCAUACAUUCUGAACUCGCUCGUGUGUGUCUGGCUUUAGUGGGGCACAUUUUAUCAAAACUGUCUGGUGAAGUAACUGGGCCGCGUGACUGUAGCUAAGAGGUUUUCUUUUAUUUCUUAAAAUCCUCUGGUUGACCAUGCCAGUUUGGCUGAAUGUGAGCGGUCCGUGGUAACACUGCCUGAGAGCAGGAGUGCACUGCAUCAUUAGAUGCUAUGAUGCUGUGUGCUUCAUGCCGCCGCUGCACUACAGUAAUACACUCGAA